UCAGUCACAGAGCAAAAUUCAUCUCUUCGUCUACGUCAUCUCUGCAAACCCUAAUCGCAGAUCCCAGCAAAAGAGAUUCCCUCUACGUUAGCCAACUUUCAUGGAUUACGCGUCUAGGAGAAGAGGUCCAGGAGGCCUUUUUGAAGGCCUUUACAGAGUCAUAAUGCGACGUAACUCCGUCUACGUUACCUUCGUCAUCGCUGGCGCUUUCCUCGGCGAACGGGCUGUGGAUUAUGGAGUUCAUAGGCUCUGGGAGUACAACAAUGUUGGGAAACGGUACGAAGACAUUCCGGUGCUAGGACAGAGGCAAUCAGAGGAAUGAAAUCAUCAUUCUGUUUCUGGGUAUUUUUAAGUUGUUUUUGAGAAUUGGUCUGAGCAUAUGCCUGUUAAGUAUCAAUGCUCAUAGUUGAAAUAAAAUGUUAU